ACGGAAAGUUCCCCCCUUCUCAAGGGCUAGGCAACACCGCCUUUGCCGCAGCGUUCCCGUACUGAGGGGGCCGGGCACCUGUUGGGGCAGGAGUUGCUGUCCUGGCAUUAGCCUGGGGGCACUAAGCCCAUUCCUCCCCGGGACUACUGCGGGGUCUGCUUCGGAGCCUCCGGGACGCAUGGGCCCAUACCCGCACUGCUGUCGCCUGGGACCCCUCCCCCGUCUGCCGCUUGUUCCCGCGCCUCUUCUGUCUCCCAGGGUCUCCCCAUUUUCCUGUCCUCUCCGUCCUCCCUCUGCCUCUCUCUCUCCGGAUUCCUCGACACCUGCGCCCUCUCCAGUCUCCGCCCGGGUCGCGUCUUCCUCGCGGUCUCAGCGCCCCCUCCCUCCCCCGCCGCAGCCCUUUGUUUCCCGGCGGAGUAGUUCCUGGGUUGCCGAGCGUCUCUGUCUCCGCAUCUCUCCUCGCCCCGCCUCCUCCCUGCCUGGAUCCGCCCCGCCCGCAGCCUCUCCUCCCCUUCCUCCCAGCCGCCAAGGCCCCGUAGGUGCUCGGGGACCCACCUUCCACCCAGCACGGGUCCGUUCCCCUCUCCGGGCCUGGCCCGGGCUCCCCGGUGGCCGCCGCCCCCUCGCCGCCCCCGCCUUCUCCCAGGGAGGGGGUCAGGUGGGCGGGCACUAUUGUUGUAGGAGCGGGCGCCAGAUUCCUCAGCCGCGCUCGGGGUGGGACCGGCUGGGUUUGGGGGGGGUGGGGUGGGGGGAGCGGUGAUUUGAGCUCCGAGCAGCUGGUCUUCGCGGCUCGCUCCCUCCUUCGCGCUCUCUCGCUCCCCGCCGCCGCCCGCAGGGCUGCGGGGCUCCGUGGCAUCUCCCGGGCGCGGCCCGCAGUCCUCGCCCCUGCCUCCGGGCCGCUCCCGCCCCCGGCGCCGCUCGCUUCCCCCACCCGGACUCCCCCAUGUAUGACGACUCCUACGUGCCCGGGUUUGAGGACUCGGAGGCGGGUUCAGCUGACUCCUACACCAGCCGCCCAUCUCUGGACUCAGACGUCUCCCUGGAGGAGGACCGGGAAAGUGCCCGGCGUGAAGUAGAGAGCCAGGCUCAGCAGCAGCUCGAAAGGGCCAAGCACAAACCUGUGGCAUUUGCGGUGAGGACCAAUGUCAGCUACUGUGGCGUACUGGAUGAGGAGUGCCCAGUCCAGGGCUCUGGAGUCAACUUUGAGGCCAAAGAUUUUCUGCACAUUAAAGAGAAGUACAGCAAUGACUGGUGGAUCGGGCGGCUAGUGAAAGAGGGCGGGGACAUCGCUUUCAUCCCCAGCCCCCAGCGCCUGGAGAGCAUCCGGCUCAAACAGGAGCAGAAGGCCAGGAGAUCCGGGAACCCUUCCAGCCUGAGUGACAUUGGCAACCGACGCUCCCCUCCACCAUCUCUAGCCAAGCAGAAGCAAAAGCAGGCGGAACAUGUUCCCCCAUAUGACGUGGUGCCCUCCAUGCGGCCUGUGGUGUUGGUCGGACCCUCUCUGAAAGGUUAUGAGGUCACAGACAUGAUGCAGAAGGCUCUCUUUGACUUCCUCAAACACAGAUUUGAUGGCAGGAUCUCCAUCACUCGAGUCACAGCCGACCUCUCCCUGGCAAAGCGAUCUGUGCUCAACAAUCCUGGCAAGAGGACCAUCAUUGAGCGCUCCUCUGCCCGCUCUAGCAUCGCGGAAGUGCAGAGUGAGAUCGAGCGCAUAUUUGAGCUGGCCAAAUCCCUGCAGCUAGUAGUGUUGGACGCUGACACCAUCAACCACCCAGCACAGCUGGCCAAGACCUCGCUGGCCCCCAUCAUCGUUUUUGUCAAAGUGUCCUCACCAAAGGUACUCCAGCGUCUCAUUCGCUCCCGGGGGAAGUCACAGAUGAAGCACCUGACCGUACAGAUGAUGGCAUACGAUAAGCUGGUUCAGUGUCCACCGGAGUCAUUUGAUGUGAUUCUGGAUGAGAACCAGCUGGAGGAUGCUUGUGAGCACCUGGCCGAGUACCUGGAGGUUUACUGGCGGGCUACGCACCACCCAGCCCCUGGCCCUGGACUUCUGGGUCCUCCCAGUGUCAUCCCCGGACUUCAGAACCAGCAGCUGCUCGGGGAGCGUGGCGAGGAGCACUCCCCCCUCGAGCGGGACAGCUUGAUGCCCUCCGAUGAGGCCAGCGAGAGCUCCCGCCAAGCCUGGACAGGAUCUUCACAGCGUAGCUCCCGCCACCUGGAGGAGGACUAUGCAGAUGCCUACCAGGACCUGUACCAGCCUCACCGCCAACACACCUCGGGGCUGCCUAGUGCUAACGGGCAUGACCCCCAAGACCGGCUUCUAGCCCAGGACUCGGAGCACAACCACAAUGACCGGAACUGGCAGCGCAACCGGCCUUGGCCCAAGGAUAGCUACUGACAGCCUCCUGCUGCCCUACCCUGGCAGGUACAGGCACAGCUGGCUGGGGGGCCCACUCCAGGCAGGGUGGCGUUAGACUGGCAUUAGGCUGGCAUUAGGCUCAGCCCCCAAAACCCCCUGCUCAGCCCCAGCUUCAGGGCUGCCUGUGGUCCCAAGGUUCUGGGAGAAACAGGGGGCCCCCUCACCUCCUGGGCAGUGACCCCUACUAGGCUCCCAUUCCAGGUACUAGCUGUGUGUUCUGUACCCCUGGCACCUUCCUCUUCUCCCACACAGGAAGCUGCCCACUGGGCAGUGCCCUCAAGCCAGGAUCCCCUUAGCAGGGGCCUUCCCACCAGACUCAGGGAAGGGAUGCCCCAUCAAAGUGACAAAAAGGUGGGGUGUGGGCACCAUGGCAUGAGGAAGAAACAAGGUCCCUGAGCAGGUGCAAGUCCUGACAGUCAAGGGACUGCUUUGGCAUCCGAGGGCCUCCAGUCACCUCACUGCCACAUACUAGAAAUGAGACAAUCAAAGCCCCCCCGGGGUGGCACACCUAUCCGUCUGCUGGGGUGGGGCAUCCACAUCCAAGACUGGAUCAGCAGGCUGGCCACACUCGGGCCAGAGAGAGCUCACAGCCGAAGCUCUUGGAGAGAAGGGCUCUCCUCAUUCUGCCAGAAAGCUUCUUAACAUGUGACGGGACCAGGGGCCAGGAGCAUGGUGAAGCCAAGUGGCAGACGGGAGCUAACCUGGAUGGGGGUUUGGGGAAGGAGGGUGUGUGUAGCAGAGAACUUACGGGGGCCUCCUUGCCUUUCUCAUUCUUUUGCCCUGCAUCCUGUCAUUUCUGUUCUUGUCCCUCAUACAUCCUGGGAGAACCGGGCUCCAGACUUUGUUCCCUGACUCAUAGCUGCCGCUUGUUAGGUUAGGGUUAGAUGGGGAGAGACAGGGCACACAGGACCUGUCUCCCUGGCUACUCUCGCCUUAUGGCUCUAGUGUGUGACCUACAGAGCAUGCUCCACAAGCCCCUGCCUCACCUCACUGUCAUCACUAAUAAACAUCAUACACAGUC